AUGACUAAAAAUAUAUUUUUAUCAGACUGUAUGCUGCAAAGUGAAAAAUUUGUAGCAUACUCUACACCUUUUGCGACUGAUCCAUAUUCUCAGAGUAGUAUGUGCCAGUUUACCAUUUCAUCAUCUGAAUCACAGGGGUUUUCAUGGAAUCAAGAUAUAUUUGCUAGCCAGUACCAGCAGUUGUGUAAGGUGAUUUAUGAUGGACAUGUUGAUUCAGUGGAAAAACUUAUAGAACAGAUCACACCUCCGUUGAAUGAGGACGAAAAUUUAUAUACGGAUGUGUUUCAAGACGAUGAGCUCGACCAAGAUGGGCGUUAUGGCGAUGAUUUUAGCUGUUAUAAUGAUUCGCCCACCCACAGAAUCAACUUUGACGAAUGGAGAAACAGAGUAUCGUGGGAGUUAAAUAAGCCUAGAAGAAGAUCAGAGAGAAGUAUCUCAUUUGUUGCUGACUCUAAGAAUGGUACGUUUCGUGCUGCUGAUGUUGUUGUAAUCGAUGUUAAGUCCGCUACACCUGAAAAUGCGCGCCUAAAAGAAUUGCUUAACCAUAUGUAA